CCCCUCCCAGGAGGGAAAAGGCAGCUGCCAGUCGCUCAGCGCACAGGCACCAGGACCCGGCCCAGAGAACAAGAGGACAGCUUGCUGCCGCCACCACUUCAGGCCAAGCCAUGGACCCCCCUGAGAUGCUCGUCAAGGACCCGUAUGCCCGUGUCAGCAUCCCGAGGGCUCACCUGCAGCCCGAGCUGGGGCAGCAGCUGGAGGCGGCUCCAUCCUCCUCGGAGUCGCAGCCUCUGCCCGUGGGGUCCUGCACCCUGGAGCCUACCGAGGAGGCCCCAGGGCCCAAGGGUGCCAAGGGGGUCGCCGCCAUCCAGGGCCAGCAGGCCUGCACCCCCCACGGCAGUGGGCAGCGCCAGGCAGGACUGACCUACGCGGGCCUGCCGCCCAGGGGGCGCGGAGACGACGUCGCCCGUCACUGCUGGUGCUGUCCCUGCUGCUCCUGCUCUCGCUGCCCCCGCUUCUGCUGCUGCCGCAGCUGCUGCUGUGUCAUUUCCUAG